CUGGCUGUCUUGCGUGUCAAUCGUGAGGACUAAGAGAAGGAGAUUAGUCCGGGUGGGUGGGAUUGAAGAUGAUGGGGAGGAAGAGGAGAUAGAUAGAGGGAUCGACUGAUAGAGAGGGAGAGGGGGUUUGUUUGUUGUUUUGUAUUUGGCUCAUCAUCACUCUUGAAGGAAGGACGGAUGGAGGAACCAAGUCCACAGAGACCUGAAUUCAUUACUCCGAUUCACAUCUACAGAUUUUCUCUCUCUCUUUCAUGCUUUCUCUCUCUUUUGUUGAGUAAACCUGGAUCCAGAGAGUGGCAUGUUGCUCUGGAUGGGAAGUGAGACAGUGGGGCGAGAGUAAGAGGAGGAUGGCGUACACACAGCUGGAACCCGUCAAUGAGGGUUUUCUCUCCAGACUGUCUGACUUCCUGUUGUGUCGCUGGUCGUGCCGCUCCUGUUGGCAGUGGUGCUGGGAGUGCAGCUGCUGUCAGCCCACUGAUGAGGAGGUGGAGAUUCUGGGGCCUUUUCCAGCUCAGACUCCAUCAUGGCUUGUCAAUGAAUGCAAUGACGAGAAAGACACAAAUUUUCACACCAUGGCCGAGAACCACGCUUCACCUACUCAAGCUGACAAUACAAACUGCAGGCCGCCCCCCUCAGAAAUGUCCCGAUCCACCUUCACCCUGGCAGGCCAGCUCUCCAGUCUGAACACCCGACGGCCAAGCUCCCCCAUGGUGGAUGUAAAGCCGAUUGAAUUUUGGGCCAUGGGACCCCGGAAGGAAGUGGUGCAGCCCCUGCGUAAGCCCCCGACACCACCAGAUGACUACUUCCGCAAACUAGAGCCCCGUCUGUAUUCUCUAGACUCCUGCAGCGAUGAUGUUGACUCUCUGACGGAUGAGGAGAUCCUGGGGCGCUACCAACUGGGCAUGCUGCACUUCAGCACCCAGUACGACCUCAUCAACGCUCACCUCAUUGUGCGAGUCAUCGAGGCCCGGGACCUGCCCCCUCCCGUAACAUGCGAUGGUGCUCGCCAAGACAUGGCCCGCUCCAACCCCUAUGUGAAGAUGAGCCUACUGCCCGACCACAAGAACUCCAGGCAGACCGGCGUUAAACGCAAGACCCAGAACCCGGUUUUUGAAGAGCGCUUCACUUUUGAGGUCCCCUUCCUGGAGGCACAGAGACGCACCCUGCUGCUCUCCGUGGUCGACUUUGACAAGUUUUCACGGCACUGCGUCAUCGGGAAAGUGUCUCUUCCUCUUAGUGAGGUUGAUCUAGUGAAGGGAGGACACUGGUGGAAGGCCCUGGUGCCCAGCUCUCAGAAUGAGGUUGAGCUUGGUGAGCUUCUUCUGUCCUUAAACUACCUGCCCAGUGCUGGCAGGUUAAAUGUGGACAUCAUCCGAGCAAAGCAGCUGCUUCAGACGGACAUGUGCCAAGGCUCAGAUCCUUUUGUUAAGGUGCAGUUGGUGACAGGCCUUAAGUUGAUGAAGACUAAGAAAACAUCCUGUAUGAGGGGCACCAUUGACCCCUGCUACAACGAGUCCUUUAGCUUCCGUGUACCUCAAGAGGAACUGUGUGAAGUCAGUCUUGUGUUCACAGUUUACGUGCAUAACGUGAAGAGUAGCAAUGAUUUUGUUGGUCGCAUUGUCAUCGGCCAGUUCUCCAGCGGCCCGCAGGAAACCACGCACUGGCGCCGGCUCCUGGGCUCUCAGCGCACCCCGGUGGAACAGUGGCACAGCCUGCGCUCCCGUGCCGAGUGUGACCGCGUCUCUCCAGCUUCGCUCGAACACACAAAACAAAAACACAACACACACACCACAUGUUGUGAGGCUCAGGCAGUUGAGGACGACACCUAA